AUGCUUGAUAGCACUGCCAGAAGGUGGAACAUUGAGCUUCUAAAGGAGACAUUCAGUGAGCAAGAGAUUGAAGCCACCUUAGCUAUCAAGAGCAUUGAACCUAUAGAAAAAGACAGGCUCUAUUGGGACUGGAACACCAAAGGGGACUUUACAGUGGCUUCGACAUACCUUAAACUCAUUCAUCCAAAAUGGAGCCACAUGGAUAACCCUGAGAGUAGCUGGGAGCACCUAACUGCUAAGAGAGUGAGGAAAAGAAGUUGCGGUUUGACAGUUAAAGUCUUUGGAGUUUACGAAAAAAAUGGUUAA